AUUGCCCUGUGCUACUACAAACUCGACUACUACGACGUCUCGCAGGAGGUACUCGCACUGUAUCUGGCAAAGAAUCCCAGCAGCAUCAUCGCCGGCAAUCUGAAGGCCUGCAACAACUGCCGCCUCUUCAAUGGAGUGGCCGCUGAGAGUGAACUUCGCAACCUGAUCGACUCCUUUCCGGCCAACUUCUCCUACGCUCGCGACCUGAUCCGCCACAACCUGGUGGUGUUUCGCAGCGGCGAGGGCGCCUUUCAGGUGCUGCCCCUGCUCAUGAACUCCAUUCCCGAGGCGAAGCUCAACCUGAUCAUCUACUACCUGAAGAAUGACAAGAACGAGGAGGCCUCCUCGCUGAUCAAGGACCUCGAGCCGAAGCUGCCUAACGAGUACAUCCUCAAGGCGAUUGUCAACGCCAAUGCAUCUCAAAGUACAGGAAGUGGAAAUUCGCACGAGCACCUGAAGGCCGCCCAGCACUACUACCAGCUGAUUGGGAGCAGUCCGGCGGAGUGCGACACCAUCCAGGGGCGGCAGUGCAUGGCCUCCUACUUCUUCCUCGUCCGCCAGUUCGAGGAGGUAGUCCUCUACCUGAGCUCCAUCAAGAGCUACUUCUACAAUGAUGACACUUUCAACUUCAACUACGGCCAGGCGAAGAUGAUGGCGCACAACUACCGCGAGGCGGAGGAGGCGCUGCUGCUGGUCGAGGGCGAGUGGACGAAGAACGACCUGGUGUACAUCUGCAGUUUGAUCCGUUGUUUGAUCAUGAACAAGAAGGCGGGCAAGGCCUGGGAGAUGUUUCUGCGGUAUCAGCACUCAAAGGAGGCCACCGUCCUGCUGCAUCUGAUUGCCAAUGACUGCUACAAGAUGGGUCAAUUUCUGGUGGCACUGCGCGCCUUUGACAUUCUCGAGAAGAUGGACAAGAGUCCUGAGUACUGGGAGGGAAAGCGAGGCGCCGCUGCGGGCGUCCUUCAGAUGGUCAUUGCCAACAAUGAUCCACUAGACCACCUCUACGAGACCAUCAAGAUACUGCGCACCUCCAGCAAUCCACAGGCCAAUCAGAUGAUCAACAUUAUGAAGAACUGGAACAAGGAGCAGUAG